CUUGUGCCCAGUUUAAAUUUCAUGCUUUGGACGUUUAUUUUUGAUUUUAAUUUGAACCUUUGUAAACUUUGUUUCAGGAUAUCACCAAGAUUUACACAUAUUAUAUGUAUCAUAUAACUUGUGGUACCUAUAUAGUUCUUAAUGCACCAUAGUAUUUUUGAAAAAGUCAACUAAAAGAAAUGAAAUGAUCAAAUUCAAUAUUAAACCAUUAAAAUAUAUUGAUAAUAGUAAACGAUACAAGUCAUUUUUGUCUUCACACGAAAUACGUAAACGUUUCAUUGAUUAUUUUGUUAAGGAAAAUAAUCAUAAAUAUAUAAAAUCAAGUCCAGUAGUGCCGUAUAAUGAUCCAACUAUAGCCUUUGUAAAUUCUGGCAUGUGCCAGUUCAAGAAUGUAUUACUUGGACAAAGAACUUUAGAGGCUAACUGUAUUGCAAAUAGUCAAAAGUGUAUAAGAGUUGGUGGUAAACACAAUGAUUUGAAUAUUGUUGGCUCCGAUGGAUAUCACCAUACAUUUUUUGAAAUGCUAGGAAAUUGGUCAUUCGGACAUUAUGGCAAGGCUGAAGCUUGUGGUUUAGCUUGGAAUUUAUUGACUUUACCACCGUUUAAUUUACCCAAAAAGCAUCUAUAUUGCACUGUGUUUAAAGGUGAUAAAUCUCUAGGUAUAGAGUCUGAUGAUGAAACUCGUCAUAUAUGGAAACAGAUUGGAGUGAGUGACAAUAAUAUUAUUAUGUGUGGAGCAAGUGACAACUUUUGGGAAAUGGGAGAAAUUGGACCAUGUGGUCCUUGUACAGAAAUUCACAUAGAUUAUCCUCCUUCAGACGGAAAAAAUCUUAUUGAACUUUGGAACAUUGUCUUUAUACAAUAUUCUCGAGAGAAUAAAACUUCUAUACACAAGUUACCAAAUUAUUUCAUAGAUACUGGUAUGGGUUUGGAACGAUUGACAAUGGUUCUGCAAAAUAAGACAUCUACUUAUGAUACAGAUUUAUUUUCUCCUAUAUUCAACAGAAUAUUUAAUGUUUAUGGAAAAUCAAAAUACACAGGACUAUUUGAUGAAUCCAGUUUAGACACUUAUUACCGGAUCAUGGCAGAUCAUGGGAGAAUGAUUACUGUUGCUCUCUCAGAUAAUAUGCUUCCUAGUCAUAACCAUAAAUUAAGAAGAAUCAUGCGGAAAUCAUUUUUAUUGACAGAAACCCAUUUUAAAAUUCAACCAGGAUAUACUUUAUUGUAUGAUAUUGCUGACGAAAUAGUAAAUAGUCUUGGUGAUACAUAUCCUGAAUUGGUUGAAAAUAAUAAAAAAGUGAAAUACUUAAUAAAACAUGAAUAUACUAUAUUUAAUAAAUUAAGAAUGUCAGUUUCAAAAGAUUGGAAAAUUAUUAUUGAAAAAUAUCCAGUCUUAAGGAAGUUUAAUCCAUAUGAAGAAUGUACAGGAUUUGUUCCAGCUUGUAGUUACUUAAUUAAACACAAAUAUUUGAAUCAUAUACCAGCAUUUACUAUGUAUGAUGCUUUUGGUCUUGAUAAAAAAACAAUUGGGAAACUAGCUGAAACUAUUGGCCUAUCAGUGAAUUGGAAUGAAUUUGAAAUGCAAUUAAGAAAUUUGCAAACCAAAAGCAUAAAAUGCAUACAAAAAGUAUCCAAUAAUUAUUCAAUGCAAAAUAUUCCUAAAACUGAUGAUAGUUACAAGUAUAAAAUUACUCGUCAUAGCAAUCAAACAUAUGUAUCACCUGUAGUUACUGCUAAACUUCUAGCUAUUAUAGAUAUGAAUGGUAACAUUGUGACAGAGCCAGAUAUAACAAAACAUGGAGUUAUAGUUUCAUUAGUAUUGGAUAAGACUUGUUUUUAUAGUAAAGCUGGUGGACAACAGCAUGAUAUUGGUACUGUAAAAACUAAUAAUGGGAAAAUAUUUAAUGUUAAUGAUGUGGAAAAAAUACAAGAAAAUGGUAUUGUAUUGCAUUUUAUCAAUUCAAUUGAUUGGCCGAUAUUAUUAAAUGAAAAAGAAUUGACAAUUGAAAUAAAUUCAAACCAUAGACUUGGUUUAAUGCGUGCUCAUUCAUCAGUUCACAUAUUACAUGCAGUUAUUAAUUCGCACUUGGUUGUAACUACUCAAUUAUCAAGUUGUGUGAAAAAUAACUUCUUGUCUUUUUCAUUUGCACUAUUUGGUCAAACAUUUUCUCCUGAAGAUGCUUUAUUAGUAGAAGAAAAAGUUAAUAAUCUCAUACAAUCUGGAGCAUCAGUUAAAAGAACUACAAUGACAUCUAAUGAUUUAAAUCAAAUAAAAGUUACAUUACUUCCCGGAGAAGUUUAUCCAGAUGAUCAAGUACAUGUUAUAGAUAUAUAUAAUGAUAUUGAUGAUUUGUACAUAUCAAGAGAAGCGUGUUGUGGUACACACAUUCAAAAUACUUUGGAUGUAAUAGAUUUUUGCAUAGUUCAAUACAAAUGUCUUGCUCAUGAAUGUACCUUAAUUGCAUUAACUGGACCUUUAUGCAAGGAUGCAAGAAUUAAUGGUGAAAAAGUGUUAAAUAAAUCUAAUAAUCUUGAAGGUAUAUUAAAUUCAAUAACCUUAAAUAACAUAACUCCAACCAAGGUCAAUAUUUUACUAGAUCAUAUGAAUCAAUUAAAAUUAGAACUGAAAAAUAUUUCUAAAAAUUAUAUACCACUUAACAUUCAAAUUCAAAUAAAAAAGAAGAUUUUGGCUACAGAGAGAAAUAUUCAGAGACUUGUUAAAGAAAAGAAAAAAAAAAUAUUAGAAGAUGCAGUUAAAAAAUUAUGUGAAGAUUCCUAUGCUAUAGGUUAUGUGGAUUGUGAUAUGGCUUACUUCUUAGAUGAUGAUUAUUUUGAUUUUGAACAUGUCAAAAAUAUUUGUGGUGAAGUACCUUGUUUAUUUUUAACAUAUAACAAUAAGAAAAUUCAUGUUUACUUUCACAUUCCAAAGGAAGCCCCAGUGGAUGAGAAAUGGUUAGAUGACUUCUGGUACAAAUUUAAUAUUAAAUCAAUUAAAUUUAAAAAUAAAUCUGCCUAUAAAUUCAUUGAGUUUAAAGUAAAACAAGAAAAUAAAUAUAAGGCACGAGAGAUAAUUAAUGAUGUGAUUCAAUAUGCUAAAAACUAUUUUAAUAUUAUGAAAUAAGGUCAAUAUUAUUAAAAUGUAUUAAUAAAAAAAU